UCUUCAAAAGAAAAAAAAGAAAGGCAGUGAAGGAGGACCCACUCCUGUUUAUUUUCCGAGUUCCAAAAAAAAUUCAUUUUUGUCCCUAAGAAAAAAAAAAAAAAAAAAACCCACUCCACAGCUCAAAAUCAAGCAUCACGGCACAGCUAAAAUUCGUAAGCAUCAAAUCAAAUAUAAAACAAAACAAAUGGUGUCGUACGUGAACGCGUUGCUGUACGGAGUGGGAGGCAUAGUGGUCGCCGGAAUGGCUUUGUUGGUGGCGUUUCAGGAGAAGUUAGUGUACGUACCGGUUUUACCCGGUCUCACCAAAUCCUACCCGAUUACUCCAGCCCGACUCCGCCUCAUUUAUGAGGAUGUUUGGCUCAGAUCCUCCGAUGGUGUCCGCCUUCAUGCUUGGUUCAUUAAGCUUUUCCCUGAAUGCCGCGGUCCAACCAUCUUGUUUUUCCAGGAGAAUGCAGGAAAUAUUGCUCACCGUCUUGAAAUGGUUCGCAUAAUGAUACAAAGAUUGCACUGCAAUGUUUUCAUGCUUUCAUACCGAGGUUAUGGAGCAAGUGAUGGAUACCCUUCUCAACAUGGCAUCACAAAGGAUGCUCAGGCUGCAUUGGAUCAUCUUUCUCAAAGGACUGACAUUGACACAUCUAGAAUAGUUGUGUUUGGGAGAUCAUUGGGCGGUGCAGUUGGAGCUCUGCUAACCAAAAGCAAUCCUGAUAAGGUUGCUGGAUUAAUACUCGAAAAUACUUUUACGUCUAUUCUGGACAUGGCUGGAGUUCUACUGCCCUUCUUAAAAUGGUUUAUUGGAAGUAAUCAUUCAAAAGGUCCAAGAAUCCUUAACUUUCUUGUGCGUUCUCCGUGGAGCACCAUUGACGUCAUAGGGGAGGUUAAGCAACCAAUCCUGUUUCUCUCGGGAUUGCAGGAUGAAAUGGUUCCCCCACCCCAUAUGCAAUUGCUUUAUGCAAAGGCAGCUGCUCAUAACAAGGAAAGCAUCUUCGUCGAAUUUCCUACUGGCAUGCACAUGGACACCUGGCUAUCUGGCGGUGAUCAGUAUUGGAGAACUAUUCAGCAGUUUCUUGAAAAGUAUCUUCCUGAGAACAAGGAAAACGAGUCAUACCAUGAUAUCAAAGAUUUUGAUGGGAGGUGACUUCUUGCAUGUAGAGUUUUGAGAUACUGUGAAUUAGCUCAAGAUAGGUCCUCAAAGCAUUUGUGCCUUUUGUUCUUGAAGCUGCAGCAAUUAAAAGCCCUCUGUGAGAAGUUGCAGUUCCUUUAGACCUGUUCAGCACAUUCUGGUUUCAUCCCAGAUAUUUUUUUUCUUUUAUUGGUUGUAGAAUCUUCAGCAGAUCGAGAAGUGUAUACUGUACAACUCUUUGACGUAUACCAUUGUUAGUUAGUCAAUUCUGAUCUGAUUGUACGAAUAAGAAAUAUCUGAUAUUUUUAAAAAUAUAUAAUUGAUGUAAUGGACUGAUUGCAAUUUUAUAGAUAAAAUCGUAGGUUGAUCUUCUUCUGGAA